CCUAUUUCACAUCCAGCGAUGUGAUGGUGCUAGAGACGUGCCUUUGUGCACGAACAAAGCCAUUUUUUUAGAUGGCGAGGUAGUCGGACUGUCUUUUUAUAGUAAUGAUAAGGGGUUGAUUUUUCGUUAUUUCUGUUAUUUACGUUAAACGAGAGUAAAAAUGCGAGGCCGCGUGACAGGCCAGGCCAUGGAGCUGUUGGGCUGCGGCGGCUCCAAGAUCAAGAUGACCCGGCUCUUUCUGUCCCCUUCAGCCAGAGCACUCGCGCCACAGUCGGCUGGAGGACAUGGCAUCGACAGAAGAUUUCGGUCUACAUCGUCCAUGUCCGGUCACACGGAACUGGCUCGGGAGAGGUCCAAAACCGUCACGUCUUUUUACAACCAGUCUGCCAUCGAUGCAUCUGCCGAGAAGCAUUCUGUCAGACUCACACCAGCCACUAUGCUGUAUGCAGGGAAGUCUCCUGAUGGACAACAUAUCCUGAGCAGUGCCAAGUACCUACACAAAGAGCUGCCUGUCCGUAUUGCUCAUCGCAUCAAGGGUUUUCGCAGCCUGCCCUUCAUUAUUGGCUGCAACCCAACCAUUCUCCAAGUGCACGAGCUUUAUAUCAGGGCCUACCAUAUGCUGAGUGACUUCCCCGCUAUAAAAGACCAGGAGACUGAAGCUCACUAUAGCAAGCUUGUUAAACAGCUCCUUGAUGACCACAAAGAUGUUGUCACAUUGCUAGCUGAGGGAUUCAGGGAAUGUCGUAAACACAUUGUGGAUGAAACUCUGGUUCGUAAUUUCUUGGACACAACCUUGACAUCUCGUCUGGGCAUCCGAAUGCUGGCCACACACCACAUCGCCCUGCAUGAGGAAAAUCCUGAUUUUGUAGGCAUCAUAUGCCGACGCCUUUCCCCUAAAAAGAUAAUCGAGAAGUGGGUUGAUUUUGCUCGACGGCUCUGUGAGCAUCAGUACGGGAACUCGCCACGUGUUCGCAUCAAUGGCCAUGUGGCGGCCCGCUUUCCCUUCAUUAUACUGCCGCUGGACUAUAUCCUGCCCGAGCUGCUGAAGAAUGCUAUGAGAGCCACCAUGGAGAGUCACUUGGACACCCCUUACAAUGUGCCUGAUGUGGUGGUCACCAUCGCAAACAAUGACACUGACUUUGUCAUAAGGAUCUCAGAUCGUGGUGGUGGGAUUCCUCACAGCAUUCUGGAUAAGGUGAUGGAUUACCACUUCAGCACAGCUGAACAGAGUACACAGGAUCCACGCAUGAGCAAUCUUUUCGACAACAUUACCAACAGCGGUCCACAAUCUGGACCCAUGCACGGGUUUGGCUUUGGUCUGCCUACAUCUCGAGCAUAUGCAGAGUACUUGGGAGGUUCCUUGACCAUCCAGUCGAUGCAGGGCAUUGGCACUGACGUUUACCUGCGUCUUCGGCACAUCGAUGGCAAAGGAGAGAGCUUCAGAGUUUGAUGCCAUGGCUUAUUCAAUGGAGUCGGUCAGUUUUAGUGGUGGAAGGUGAACCGAAACCAGAAAGUUCCACUGUUAUUACUUCACUCACAUUACCCACCAAACUCUUUUGCCUUUUGCACUUCAUCUGCAUCACUUUUUGGAUCAGGUUUUCUGCAGUCUGUGGGCAUCAUGCUUAAAUGUUGUGAACAGUCACAACUUUGGGAUUGCACUGCAUAUAAUGUGUUUUAAUUCACUGUGAUUUAAAAAGAUGAAAAAAAUAAAUGUCCAGCCUUAAGAAUGCUAGAUGGUUCCGCAUGUUACCAUCCAAAUGUAAACAAGUGGGAUGAGACUCCUUACACUCCAGUAACUGAUAGAAGAUGCCGUCAACCCUCUAUGACUUAAAUUCUCCAGAUCGCAAAGUACCGGUUUCCCUUCAGAAUUAUGAGUGAAAUGUUUGGACUCUUUUAAGGACAUGUCGUCCUGUUAGUUCUCAAAAGAACACAAGAGUGGGUGCAGAAAGUUUUUUUUUUUUUUUUUUUUUUUUUUAGUAAUCUUCUAUUGACUCUGAAUUGAAGUCUACUGCCUUACAGAAAAGACUGAUUCAAAAUAUGUUGACUUGCUUCACACCAGUCUGGUGUUCAGUUAUGAUAGUUUAACAUUUCACAUUAACCAUACGAGCUUAUGGGUUUGCUGUAUAUUUCAUGCUUGAAAUGGUAUGAUGAAAGAAAGGCUCAUGGGGUUAUUAGCACAAUAUAGCAAAAUAUAAAUCAUUCUUUAAAUUUCUUGUUUGACAUUCUGUACAGCAAACAGUGUUUAUAGUGAUGUUAAUAUUAAAAUGAAUGCAUUUGUACAUCCUGCUCCACUGUUGAUUUGGCCUCUCAAUGGGCUUCGAGUUCAUGUUCCAAAAGGAUGCCAAAAUUAGAAAAACUGACUGAUGAUAAGCUUUGCUUACCAGAAUUAGUUUUUCUCGAAAUAGUUUUUCACUUUUGUGAUUGAACUGCUAAAAGAUUUAGGUUAUUUCAUGCUCAUUUCAACAAUAGUGCAAGUGAUUCAUAACUGGUCUUGUGUCUACGGUUUUGUUUUCUCCUUUUGAAAUGAAUCAAGCCAGUGAUUUUUAGGAAAGCCCUAGUGUAUGCUAUGCUCAUUUUCUGUACUCAAGUGCUGCGGAUUUCUUGCACAAGUUAGCCCUCUACUGGUACAUUCAGAGCAUUAACUAUGACUUUACACAAAGCUAAUGAUAGAGAAUCGGGGUAUGAAAUGCAAACAGACAAAUGUGCACAUACUGCAUUAACAUUAAUUCCUUUUGAUUUAAAAAAAAAAAAAAAAAAGCCAAAUUUGGCAUGGGGCACCCAGAAUGUUUGUUUUUGUUUUUCUUCUGGAUGUUGAGUUUGUAUUUCAUAGAUGCCAAAUGUGCAAAGUUUUUUCAGGCAUUAUUAAAUUCUGAAUGAGAACA